UAUUUCUCUUUAUUUCAAUUUUGUUUUCUUCUCUCGUGGCGACCAUUGGAGGCUUUCUCGUGAUUGGUGCCAUGUGGAAAAGUUCGUCGAUGUCGCCUGCAGUAAGGAAGGUAUUCAUGAGUCUGUCUUUUUCGGAUCUUGCCGUGGGAAUAUUUGCACAGCCCUUGUUCGGUGGCAUCAUAGCGGAGAUGUUACGAAUGGCAGCCAAUGGAGAAUAUAACUUCUCCGUCUUCUGCCCAGUCACACUCACCAUAAGUCAUUUUUGUACCUUUUCACUGGCCUGCGCUUCGUUCUUGAAUGUUACGGUAAUUGCUAUCGAUCGACUCCUCGCAAUUUAUCUCCACCUUCGCUAUCAUGAACUUGUGACUUCCAAACGUCUCUCUCUGGCUUUGGUGUCUGUGUGGAUAGCAAGUGGAAUUGCUGCGGGUAUUUACGUCUCUCUUCCAGCAUACAGUGACAUGGUAGCUAACGUACUUUUGAUUCUUGGCCUCUUCCUUACAUCUGUGGCUUAUUUUAAAAUCUAUAAUGCUGUGAUAUAUCAUCGGAAUCAAAUACAAACUCAGUUACAGAGGCAUGAUGAUCAAGAAAUAUCCAAAGCUCGAGAGAAAAAGUCUGCAAUCAACGCACUCGUUGUUUAUGUUGUUUUCCUGGGAUGUUAUCUGCCCUAUUUAUGCUGUACUUUGAUAUUAAUAGCGGAUAAUUCUCGAGCGUCGUCUAUAAUAGCGUAUUAUGUCUCAUUCAUCUUGAUUCUGUUGAAUUCUUCUAUAAAUCCAAUCAUUUACUGCUGGCGAAUUCGCGAAAUUCGUCAAAUUGUAAAGAGAAUUGUGAAGAAUUUAUUAUGUUAA